GGUUGUGUUGUUUUUAAUUCUUCCUGUUUCCUGGCCCCACAGGUCCAUUCUGAUGAUGAAGUCUUUGAAAGAGGACUAAGUGCACUGGUACAAUUAAGUGUGGUCGUUGGCCCAUCUCUGAACGGCCAUCUGAAACUUCUGCUUACAAGUCUUUCCAAGAGGCUAAUGGACAAAAAAUUCAAAGAACCCAUCACCAGUGCCUUGCAAAAGUUGGAGCAGCAUGGCGGGAGUGCAAGUCUUAUUGUCAUCAAAUCCAAAAUCCCAACAUAUUGCUCUAUCUGCUGUUGAAUAAGGGAGCCAGCAAAAGCCAUGCUGCUUUCUCAGACCCCAAAGGUGGCUUCAGUGGGCCUCUCCUGAGGACCCUGUCCAGUCCAGAGAACUCCUUGUGCAAGAUGUUUGUCAACAAAAAGCACAGGUGCUAAUGGAAAGCAAUUAAAGUACUCAUGAAAAAGUUGACUGCUGUGAGGCUUUCUCAUCUUGAUCAUCUGUGUGAAUUUACGGAUCUUAUCUAUGAGCAUAUUUUCCAAUGUAUUUUUAUUUAUAGCCAUUAUGAAGAUCACUUUGUAGCUGUGCACUUAUUUUAUAGGUUGGUUUUGGCCAUUUCUUGUUUUUUUAUAUUUAUCAAGACUGAAAGAAUUUAAGAUAGCAAGUAAACAUUUGUGACUUCUCUAUUAGAUGGGAUGUGCAAAUGUGUAUUUUAUAAUGUGGAAUGCUUGGGAACCUCUUUUCCUUCCUGAAUAUUCUAGUUUAAAAACCUUGUAAAUGUGAAAAUUCUAUUACAAGUAUAUUGUUUAUUACAACUUGUUAAAACCACCUAAGCUCUAAGUAAAUGUUAUUUUUACAUUUCAUAGGCUGAAAAUACUUAUGAUGUACAAUAUGCGAUAUUAAAUUAAAAUCUUAAAACUUAGAUGUA